UCCUAAUAAUUCCACCUUGAAUUUUGAGUUUGACUAAUCCCUGAAUAGAUCCCGAGUUGAAAUUACGUACAUCGAUUGAAGUAAAAUUACUUAAUUAUUAUUGAUAGUGGAAUUAAACUUUGAGCCCUAGGGCUUAUGUGGGAUUCAGAUUUAGAUUAUGAUCCUAUUCACGGACUGACUAUUCGCAAAGAAAAUUAGUUCGAUUUUUUCAGAAAGAUCGUCAUGUUAUUAUUGGUAAUUGGGUUUUUGUGCGUGGUUUCUGCACCGUUUGCGUGUUGUUUGGAUACUUGGGAUGAAUUUGCUAUGGUUGUAGAGAAAGUACCACAAGAAGAAAAAUAUGAUUUCCUGCAAGAACAUUUCUUCUUAGGCUACCACUUAAGAUACAACCCUCACUCUGAAUGCCAGAAAAGUAAGGAUUAUUGUGACACCGCUCUAAGCCUAAUUCUUUUAUUGGAAAAAGAUCCAUACCAAAGCGUAGAGAGGGAGAAGGAAAAUUUUGAAAAAAGACAUCAAGUUUGCUUCCCCAAUAUCGGUUGUAUAGAUCCAAGUGAUCCAGGAGUCAGACCCUAAUUCCAUAUAUGCUCAAUAUUGUUAAAAGGAAAAUAUAAUAUAUUAAAUUUCAAACUU